UUUCUCUUGUUGCUGAUUCUGUCUGUUUCUCUGGUUAUUGCCGCUCCUCUUUAUGGAGAAGAUGGCGGAUAUACUGGCCACGCAUCAUACGUCCCACUGAAAAAAAGUCUUGAAAAAUUUCUCAGUCGAACAGAGUCACAUUCGGAUGACAGUAUACACACAUCUGCUGGAAGCCCAGAGUUGACAAAAAGGCCCUCCAAACAAAUCGCCCCAUUGCUGCACGAAGACAAAGUAGUCCCGAAAGUUUAUGACGUAGCACAAUAUGCUCCUACUUAUCAACAUGGAUACGGUAACAACAAAAUAACCGCGGAAGUACCUUCAGCACCGUACGCUAAAGCUACUCUUUACGGCCCUAGUAGUGGAGGACACAAAAUUGCUGACGCUUACCAAAAUCAGUACAUCGAUUCACCUUCAGAUAAGGAACAUGACUAUAAGGAAGAUUAUUUGUCUUAUCCCCAACCGUAUGAAUACGGGUACGCUUUAAAAGAUGAACAUGGCAACGUACAGCACAAAAAAGAGAGUAGUGACGGUCAUGGUAAUGUACGCGGCACGUACGGGUUUACGGACGAGCACGGAUUGUACAGGAGUGUGGAAUAUGUGGCGGAUAAAGGGGGAUUUCGAGCUUCUAUCAAAACCAACGAACCUGGCACAGAGAAUCAAGAUCCCGCAGACGUACAUUUAGAAGUUGAACAUCCAAAAUACUGAGUCAUCCAGGCAAAUGGACUAUUUACUAAUCACGUGUUAAGAUAAGCUGGCCAAGUAUGGAAAGUGUACUUGUGUUUCGCCAUAUCCAAUGGAAACUCUGAAGAGUUAUUAUUCUAACAGGAAAAGUACAAUAAUUGUAAAUAUUCAACAGGAAUGUUCAACAGCUUUGUUACUUUGUGAAUUUUCAUUUUUAAACAAUUGUACGAGAAAUAUAUUACAAAUACAACCCAUAUCCUAUGAAAUGUUGCGAAACAUCGAGUUUAGCUACUCAUCAUGAUGUUAUAAUCAUUUAACAUAAAGUAGCAUCAUUUUCUUGAAUGCGAAUGCUUAUCAUUCACUGCCAAUGUAGAAUAAUUUUGUUCUUAUAUAUUUGUUAUAUAGAUAAAUGUAUGUAUUUGUUGUCUAUUUAUUGAAAUAAAGUCUUUUGUAACAUGA